AUCCUGAGGUUGUUGCUGAGUCAUCAUUUGGCCAAUUUUCUGUGGUGUGAGUGUCUGAUUACAGUUGGCCACUAUCUCGCUAUGAUCAAGCAAAGGUCAGAGUCCAACAGCUACAAAGACAACAAGUCAAGACAUCGGGAGCAGAGGAGGAGGUGCGUCGAGGGAACCUUCUCAGCGGUUUUUGCUUUCGCUCUCUCUCUCUCUCUCUCUCUCUCUCUCUCUCUCUCUCUCUCUCUCGCUCUCCCCCCGCAGUUCAUUCAUGCCAACGUCUGCAGCUGUCUGUUUCUUUCUUUGCGCUGUCUUUUCACCGCCGCCGCCGUCUUGCUGCUGGCCACCUUCCACUUCCACGCAUAAGCGCCCCCACACGUAACUGUCUCGCUCACAGACACACGCACGUGCACACACCCGCGCGCACGCACACACUCGCGCGCGCUCACACACACUCGCGCACGGUGCCUCCGUGCGUCAGCGCUUGGUGGGUCGAAAGUGCGCAACUUUUCCAAGCGUCUUAGCGGACCGAACCGAGACACCUGACUCAGCCUUGGUCUUUCAAUCGUCUCCCAAGCGGGAAUAGGAAUGUGGGCUACAAGUGGAGCUGAGUGUCAAAGGUCAAGUCCCUGCCCCUGACAGACGCCAUGACCUCUGACCUCAACCUGAGUUCCCUGCUGAACAUGAGUGAGCUGCACAACCACUCUCGAGGAUGUUCGCUCACCAAGACGGGCUUCCAGUUCUACUACCUGCCCAUCGUCUACAUUAUGGUGUUCAUCACGGGCCUGGUGGGCAACAGCCUGGCCAUCUGGAUGUUCGUGUGCCACAUGCGGCCGUGGAGCAGCAUCUCUGUGUACAUGUUCAACCUGGCGCUAGCUGACUUCUGCUACGUACUCUCGCUGCCCUUCCUCAUAUUCUACUACUUCAACAAGACCGACUGGAUCUUCGGCGACGUGCUGUGCCGACUGCAGCGCUUCAUCUUCCACGUCAACCUAUACGGGAGCAUCUUGUUCCUCACUUGCAUCAGCGUGCACCGCUACACGGGCGUGGUGCACCCGCUCAAGUCCCUGGGCCGACUCAAAAAGAAGAACGCCGUCAUCACUAGUGCACUGGUGUGGGGCGUGGUGAUCCUCGCCAUCUCUCCCAUACUCUACUAUUCACGGACGGGCUCCAAGCGCAACACCACCACAUGCUAUGACACCACCACCGAGGAUGAGCUGCCCGGUUACUUCAUCUACAGCAUGACGUUAACCGUCUUUGGCUUCUGCAUCCCAUUCAUCAUUAUUUUCUGUUGCUACGGCAUGAUUGUCAAAGCUUUAAUCUGCAACGAUAUGAACAACGCACCGCUGCGGCAGAAAUCCAUCCAUCUGGUUAUCAUAGUACUGGCUGUCUUCGCUGUCUCCUACUUGCCUUUCCACGUCAUGAAGAACCUGAAUAUGCGGGCACGGCUGUACUUCCAGAGCCCGGCGAUGUGUGACUUUAACAACCGCGUGUACGCCACCUACCAGGUGACCCGCGGUCUGGCGAGCCUCAACAGCUGCGUGGACCCCAUCCUCUACUUCCUGGCCGGAGACACGUUCAGGAGGAAGCUCUCGCGGGCCACCAAGAAGCCGUCUAGGAAGGAUAACGCGCUGCAGUCUAAGAGCGAGGAGACUGCGCUCAACAGCCUGGCGGAGUACGUGGAGAACGGGGAGCGGCGGCUGUGAAGCCGCCGUAAUCUCCACUGUUGGAUUAUGUCAGCACUGUGCGGACCGGGAGGCCAUUUUAACCUUGUCAUGUCAAUGUCAAUGUAGAUACGUUCUUGUGCUGUGUUUUUGUGAACGUGUUGUCUUAUGUGACAUGCAGUGAACCGGCCACAAUAUUAGGUACACCUACAAACUCAAAUGAGACGCAAUGCAUUAAAAAUGCUGAGUCUUGAUAUGUUCCGUGACGCUCUCUGGCAUCCAUUCAUUUUCUAUCAUGCUUGUCUGGAGUUCAUCACUGGUGACUUUGAGCGAGAGGUGAGGUACACCCUGGAAUGGUCACCAAGAAAUCGCAGGUCACAUACAGUAUCGACAAACAAGGACUCACGUAUUGAAAAUGUUGAGUUUCAAUGAACCAAGCAUAUGUUUUUGCAACAUGGGAGAUUCAAACUCAGAACCCGUUGACUAUGAGGCAGACAUGCUAAAUGCGAAUGAACAAUUCUGUUACUUUGGACCAUGAGGGCGCACAUUGGAUCGUGAUCUUCUUUGCUAACCACAACGCAUACAGUAUCUCCAUUUAACGUCUUCUCAGAAGAUUAUAGAAAAUGCAUCUGUUCAUUUUCUAUGGCAUUUGGGUGGAGGGUGAGGUGCAGCCUAUCCUUGCUGUCUUUAGGCUUGAAGUAAGGUACAACCUGAUCUGGUUGCUAACCAAUCCCAGGGCACAAAUAGACAACGAUUUCACGGGUUGCACUGUGGCACCACUACAGAUUUUUUUCAAGUUGACACUAAUGUGAUAAAACUCAAGUGAACGUCAACUAGUCACCGGUGAAUCGUUGAUAAUUAAUGCUGUCAUGUAUUUAAUCCGAUUAUUUGCAAUCGUCGAUGUUAUUCGACAAUGGACAGCUCAUACACCGCAGAACAUACAUGAAAGAAUACAAGCACAUCAAGGUGGGCUGCUUGAAGUACUCGGCAUUUCCGGCCAGAUAAAAAAAAAAACUCCUCUCACUUACUGCGUUCAUCACUGGGACAGCCAAGCGAUAUUUUCACAGCUUGGCUAAAUGGGGAAUUCUGGCCUCCUCCUGGGCCCUUGGUGGGAAAUUGAAAAGUUUGCAAUCACAGACCUCUUAGUGGAAUAAUUCCCCACUGUCCUUCCACUCUGAUAGUGUGGGCUGAAAUAUUGUUCACAAUCUUGCUCGAGCCAGGUUUUUCAAAUUCAAAAAUAGAAAACAAUUUUCGUGAUUUGAGGUGACAAACAUUUCUUUCAGCACAAACGUCUGUUGCUGGAAGUGCCCUUGACUUCCCCUCAGUUAAAAAAACAACUGAUUAGCAACUAGUCAUCAUCACACUUCUGAAUUCUUUUGUUUUUUGGACACUGGAAAUCAUUUAACCUUUUUUUUAGGUAAAAAUCUGGACAUUAUAAAGACUUGUAUUACCUGUAAUGGGAAUUUUUUAAAACAAUUUUAUUCUUCCCAAUUGACAUAGAAGUGUAAAAUAACUGUCAUGAAACUGAAAUACAGUAAAACUACUCACACGCCAAGCCUGAAAUGGAGGUAACAAGAAAAUAUUUGAUUAGAGACAGUGUCACCUAAUGGCGUUUUAUAAAUAACGUGGGUAUUGUUAAGUGUCAUACAUGCUAAGUGUAUUUAUACAUCAUCUGUGCACGUAAUUGAUUAAGUUGUACUGAAAAGUCUGAACCGUCUCCAGGAUAAGCGAUAUAGAAAAUGAAUGGAUUGCUGGAGCUCCUCAGUGUGACGCACCCCCGUGAAGAGACAGUUUUUGCUACAUCUCAUGAGAUUGUCCAGUUGUGGCUGAUAUUGUGGCCCUGACAUCAUCCCCCGUGAGUUCUCCAGACAGUCUACGCUCUUAUUCUCUUCAAUUUGCUGAGGAGAAAAAGAGAUUAAAAAGAUUGGAAAAUGUCCUCUGCAGUCAGUGAACGUGAACUCUAUCGAUAGCUGUAAAGGAGCUGGAAGGAAAAAGGUGGCCGGAGUAGACUUGGACACUUGCACUUAAUGGACAUAACAUUAGGUACGCCUAAUGACAGGCGGUACAAGAGUUGCACUGUGUUUCAUUAUCCAGAGAGAUAUUGCUGCGCUCAUGAUGCAGCUCUUGUAUUGGAUUGCAUUUGGUUGUGUACCUGAUGUGGUAUUCGUAAUGCACUCCAGUGAACGUGGGGGUGGGGUGGGGUCGUCUCCCUGCUCCUCCUCGUCCUCCCCGCGGUGGAGUGCUUUGGCAGCCUGACAGCUCCGAGCUUGUAACAGCUGUUUGGCCACCAUCUUGUUAACCUGCAUCGGCUACAACAACAAAACAAGAAGAUACUACCAACAGUAUUGUGUGUAUACAACACUACAAUGAAUGUUCUUUUCACUGUACAGGAUGUUGUUAGGGUGUGGUUGUCUGUGUGUGUAUGCACGUUUGCGUGCGUGUGUGUGUCUGUGGAGUCUAGUAGCGAAUCCUGUCACGAAAACUUGACUAUUUGUUGCAACGUGAACAAUAAAAAUGUUUUAAAAGUGAACCACUUGGAGAUAAACUGACACUGCACUUGCACAGGACAGUUAGAGUUAUAAACGCAUCAAGUCCGACUGGAAAACUUGUAAAUUAAAAC